CGUUACUACUUCCAUUUUCUUUUCCAUGGCUCCAACAAAUGAAAAGGUUAGUAACCAUGUUCCCGAAGAUAUCAUCUUCUCUAUUUUCUCUAAACUACCUUUAAAAUCUGUUCAUCGUUUUACCUGUGUGCGUAAAUCUUUGACUCUUUUAUUUCAAAACCCUAUUUUCAUGAAUAUGUUUGGCAAAAACAUGGUUUCCAAAUAUCAUUCACUACACGAUGAUGAAGCUAUUCUCCUUCUAAACCAUUUUGAUAACAUCGACCGUCAAUGGAAGUUGUAUCUGGUCUCUGAUGAGAAAUUUGAAAGUAAAGUGCAACUGAACUGGCCAUGUCCUUUCAGCCCAAACUAUGGUCCUUCUAAUCCUCAUAUUGUAGGUUCUGCUAUUAAUGGUAUUCUUUGUAUAUGUGAUACAGAAUACUCUUCCAGGAUUGUGUUAUGGAAUCCCGCUACUGAUGAGUUAACUAGGGUUCCUCAGAGUAGGGCUGGAUUGUAUCAUGAGUAUGAAACUCAUUUUGUUAUUCAUGGAUUUGGCUAUGAUCAUGUUAAUGAUGAUUAUAAAAUCAUUCAACGUAUCUGUAGAAACAACUCAUGGAAGAAAAUUAAUGUCGACAUGCGACAAUGCUACCUUAUGAGUGAUGAAGGUGUUGAAGUGUACUUGAAUUGAGUGUGCUAUUGGUGGGGGAAUUCUUGCUUUGUAGACUUUUAAUGGUUUUCUAAUGAAACUGUAUCUGUUUCAACUUCGAUACAUCCUGCCUAUAUUUUCUGUGUAUUAUCUUCCUAAAUGUAAUAGAGUCCCUUGUAUUUGACUCUUACUAUUUAAAACUAAUUUAUGUCAAUGUGAAAUGUUUCUCAAUUAUGUCCCUUUAUUAGUUUAUAUUAUUUGACAAUGUUGAUAGUCAUAAGUGCCAUGUGAAUAAUAUGACCUAUUUGGUAAUCGAUGA